GGGCAGACUCUGCCUUCUAUACUGUUAAAAAUUUACAGAAGAGAAGAUCAAGUUUGCAGGGUUAUUUAACUGUUUCCACUGAGCCUCUUCCUCAUGUUGUCAUUGGAGACACAGUCACACUGAAGUGCAACUUCCAAACAGAUGGCAGUCUUCGAGAGAUUGUGUGGUUUCGAGUGAGCACACAGGUGAUUGAAGGAGGCACUGCCAAGCAGAAGAUUUUUACUUAUGAUUCCAUGUACAAUACCAGCUACACUCACAUGGAGGACAACCGCAGACGAGAAGACCUGAUCUACCAGUCAACUGUGCGGCUUCCUGAGGUCCAGAUGGAGGAUGAUGGCCUUUAUGAGUGUCAUGUGGGGAUCUAUGACAGGAGUUCCAGGGACAAAGUCAUUUUAGCCUCUGGUAACAUCUUUCUCACUGUCAUAGUACCUCCCAAGUCUAUCUCUGUGGUGGCAGCCAACAGCCCAGCUCCUUUCAGCCGCUACAAGGCCCAGAACUUCACUCUGGUUUGCAUUGUAACAGGGGCAAAGCCAGCUCCCAUGGUGUACUUCAAGCGGGAUGGUGAGCUUAUAGAUGUGAUACCAACUGCCAAGUCUUCUUCCUCAGUGGGAGACCAAAGCAAGCACCUAGGGCAAGAAAAUAGUCGAGACAGGAAUCAGGCAGGCCUCUGGAGCUCUCAAGCUCUCGCCACUCGAGACAUUGAUGACACUAAACUCCUGAAGUCCCUGUCCCUGUUGGAACAGGAGUUUAAGCUGGCACGGCUGGGCCAAGAUGGCAUUGAUGGCCACAAAGAGGGAAGAGAGCAUGGAUCCAAGUCAGACCCCGAGCCGACCAUGGAGGUGAUCCCUGAGACAGUGGUGAGCCUGGAGUUCCCCCGCUGGGUCCAAAGCAGCGACCCUCUCUACUACUUUCAGCAACAGCAGCAGGCAGCAGGUGAUGGCACCAUGGAGGUGAGAGCCAUGCUGACCUGGAGCCUUAACCCCCAGCUGGACAACGAGGCUCUGUUUAGCUGUGAGGUCAACCACCCAGCUCUGUCCAUGCCCAUGCAGGCAGAGGUCACAUUGGCUGCUCCCAGAGGACCCAAGCUGUCCAUGGAUCCCAAUAAGGCCAAAGUAGGAGACACAGUGCGGAUCACUGCCCAGGGCUUCCAGCUGGGACCUUCUGCAGUAAGUUUCCAGUACAGAGCAUAUUUGAACACUGAAAAUUCUCUGGAGUGCUAACAAUGUCACCAGUGAGUAGGGUACAUUCCAGUAGGAAAGACAUGGACAGAAUAUUGAAGGUACUCUUUUGACCACUUGACCAGCCAAUUUUGGUUUUAGUUCCUUCUUUCUGGGUAGCACCUGGUUUCACUUCCUUUCCCUACACAUCAACUAGCAGAGAGCAGAGGCAGUGAAGUAAGCUGUUGCAAAUAGGGACAGGAACAACUCUCCAUGCUGGUUCUUUGAAGGAAAAGCCUGCAGCAGAGCUCCUUAAGGAUGAGGAGGAUGUUUGCUUGACAACCUUUCCAAAAUCCUGGAAUUCAUGACAUUCCAAUCUUGGUGGUGGAUAUAAUACCGUAUGUGACACCAUUUUUUUUAAACUGAAAAAACUGACCUUGUCAUCUGAAGCAGGAUUUGUGGUUAGCAAGGUAACUUCAGCAUUAACCCCUGGGUUUUCAGAGUUGCAAUGGUGGUUCACUCCUUACAAGUUUACAUCACCGUGGUAAAUAUGCUGUACAUCUAACCCAACAAGAU